AGAGGAAGAACAGAACUCAUCUUUACAGCAGUGGGAGAAAAUGUUACUCGUUCUGAUUGUGACCUGCUUUUUCUUUAAAGUCUCUGCCUCUGAGGUCAGUGGGUCAGGGAAUGUGACAGCUGAGCAUGGCAGGGACGCCAAUUUCAGCUGUUCAGCCGCCACGCAGCCAGGUGUACUUCAGGUCACUUGGCAGAGGAUUUUCGAUGAUAAGUCUGUGGAGAAUUUGGCCACCUACAGCCGGCGGUUUGGACAGCAGGUCACGGAGCUUUACAGAGGAAAACUGGUCUUUACGGAAGCAUCUCUCAAUACAACAGCCAUCACUCUCAGGAAUGUAACAUGGGAAGAUGAAGCCUGCUACAUUUGCUCCUUUAAUGUUUACCCUGAUGGAUCCAAAAGGAACAAGAUGUGCCUCCACGUUGAAGGUAUAUCAAAGGUGAACACAAGCCAUACCCCCACAAACGGUGGACAAGAGGAGAAAGAAAGGCAUGAGGUUUUCAGCUGUACAGCCACAGGAAAACCGGCUCCUACCAUUGAGUGGGAGUUCUCCCCCGGAGCGGAAAUCUACGGCACACCUGAGGCGACCACUGUUAAGAACGGCGACAACACCGUUACCACCAGCAACGUCAGCACAGUGAGAAUACCGGCACACUGGACAGGACAUGUGUACUGUGUGCUGAACAAAGGAACAAACCGAGAGAGGCGGAUCCCUGUCAGUUCACAGGAUGGAAAUGAGACGGAGGGGAAAGAACAGCCUCAGUCUCAGGUGGCAGGGCUCAUCAUCUCUGUAAUAGUAGUCAUCUGCGUGGCCGUUACAGCUGUAAUCGUACGAAAAAGAUUGAAGAGGAAAGGAGCUGCCAGAGACAUUCCGUGAUCAGCUUUGCCCUUUGCCGUCGUAGAGCAUGCAAGCAUUACCCCCCGUCCACCUUUGUUUUUCUCAUGUGAACUGAAUAAGCUAAAGGAUUUUUUUUGGGAUAUUUAAAAAAUACAGUGUUGCGUGAGUGUUGAUAUUUAUUUCCCCAUAUAACAUUUCUCUCCAACUCUGCACCCUGCACUUUGAUUGUACAAAAUUCUUUAAGUAUUUUCGUGAAUGUAUAAAAGCAGCAUCCAGUCCAGGAACCAGAGCAAUGUCAGAGAGAGGGACAAGCACAAGCGUCUCGCAUGGUUUCACGGCAGUGAGGCGAUCAUGUGAUUUACAGAUCACAUCAGGAACUUUGCUGCAGCUCACUCUUAGUCACUGUGACAAACUGAUGAGGCCUGAAAUAGCAAAAGUUUAUCUUAAGCGGACAAGGCAAAUGUGUAACCGAACACAAGCAGCACAUGAGUGUUGGUGUAGUGCCAUCUGGUGUUCAUGUUAGGGAGCAUGUUCUUUGUCAAAUUGAAACUGCAUCCACAUGGAAACUGAAUGCUUUAUCAAACUCACAUAAUUUAUCUGGCUUACAACAAAUUGACACUUGAUACUACACAUAACAACAUGUCAAUAAUUUCACUGAUGUGAUUUAUGAUGUUGGUUAUAUUUUACCUUCAGUUUGACAUUUUUCUGGCAGUUUACACUGUGUGUGCUUCAGAUGUUAAUUAUUGUGUGCGCAAAUGCAUGUUUGAAAAACUUGUUUAUUGUUAUUGUUAUUUAACAUUAUAUGUCUUUUGGAUGUGUUUUAUUUAUUCCCUAUCAAGCACAGCAUCAUAUUUGUAUUAUCAUUAUUUUUGAAACGCAUUAAUUGCAACAUGUGAUCCGUGUUCUGAGACAGCUGCUUGACGGUUAGCUCUAAGUAAAUGUUCUUUGAAAAUUAGCAGCAAUUCCAUUCCUUAUUUUCAUUUAGAGCAAAUGUAUAAGUGGAAAUAUCCAAAUGCUAUUUGGAAACACACCACUUUGAUUAUAUUUUAGUCUGCAAAUGAACAAAACAGGACAUUUAUCAGAAGUGCAUCGCAGGGGCAAAGUGUUUGUGCUCCCUCUGCUGGGAGAAAGCAUAACUCAGGUCUGGUUCAGUGGGAUGUGCUCAGAUUUAAACUGUAUGACUGUGUGCUCAAACUCACACAGCUGCGUUCUGCAUUUUAUAUUCGAGAUAUAAGACAUUUAAUUUUUUCCCCCCCUUCAAAUCGGUUUAAAAAGGUUAGAUUUAAAAGCAACAUUCGGAAACUGAA